AUGUCCUGUCACUGCACCGCACCAACGCGCUCCCCGUCCUCCAAAACCGCUCUCAUCGACGAUGAACAACGCACACCCUCAAACCUCACUCCCUUCCCUAACCAUUACACGCUACACCCACCAGAAAUUGAACUGGAACGCGAGUUCCGCCUGUUGAACUACAAUAUCUUCAUUAGGCCACCUAUCGUCAACACCAACGGUAACGACUGGAAAACCGAAAGACUAAAUCACAUCAUUCAAGAAAUAGAGCCAUACGACCUGGUCACCUUUCAAGAGUUUUUCGGCUCAUUCUCGUCUCGGCGCAAACGAUUCAUCAAAAAAUCCAUAGAAUUGGGAUUCCAAUGGCACCUCUGCAGCCCACGCCAACACUACCUCGUCGACGGCGGCCUCCUUAUCUUGAGCAAAUUUCCCAUCCUAAAAGACGACUUCCUCCCAUUCAACCACGGCGCGUCUUGGGACAAACUCGCCAAUAAGGGAAUCCUGUACGCACUCGUACAAAUCGAUUCUCUAUGUGUACACGUCUUCAACACACAUUUACAGGCCAUAUGCGAAGCACCCAGCUCUCAUCAGUGCAAAGUCAUGCAGCGGCAAAUCAGCAAGUGCGUCCAAUUUAUCCGCUCUAAAAUACAAGGCAACAGCUACCCAGCCAUCAUAUCGGGCGACUUCAACGUCGACGCAAACGCGCCGCCAGACUCAUACCACGCCCGUCAAUACUCAGCGCUGCUCAGUGCACUCAAAAUGCUUGAAAAUAGCCGUUACGACACCACACAAUCCGCACAAAACCACAACAACGAAUUUUUCGACUUGCUCUAUCUGUUUAACGCUAAUCAAUAUCUAAUCACCUUCCCAAAUAUCAUCCUCGCCAGUAAUCAGCAGGGCACACAAAACGCGUUAACUCAAAAACAAGUGUCCCAGCAACGAAUCGACUACAUCUUCUGGCUCUCGCCUCUCUCCUGUCUAACUUCCCCCACUUUUCAACACACCCAAAACUCUCAAACGCCACCCUCAGACGACAACCGGCACAUCAAGCCCGUUAACUGCAAAAUCAUCCCGUUCUUCGUCGACUCCUCCCUAAACACGCCGUUCACCCACCUGAGUGACCAUUAUGCCAUAGAAGCAUCUUUCCAAAUCUUCAAAUAAAAACAAACCUGUCAAACCUGUCGAACCAAACAUGCAAAAACCUGCUUUCGUAAAUGUGAGAAAACACAAUCUCUCUUUCGUACUCGAAAGCCGGUUAUGCGCGGGAUCUGGGCAGGGCAUCCUUCGGACAGCGCAGACGUCACCGAAGCGCCGAAAGGCUUAUUGAGGCGCAUCAGAUUUGUUCUCUUUUGAACGACAUCCGAGACAGAACCAAGCCCGUCGCUCCCAGAUAGCCAACUUCUGACAGUUCGCAAAUCGAACAGAGCUGCCCGGCAAAUGCAGACGAAUAAUGGGCGUGGCAAUAGGGACAGUCGGCGUAGGGCGUCCCCUUAUAUAUGGGCUUGAAGGAUUUGGCGCACAAGACAGAGGGGUUCUUUUCGUCGUGAUCCAUCGGGUUCAAAUCUUGAGAGCCAUUUUGCUUGCAGAAGCUGAUGACCUUUUGAGCCAGCUGGACGACAUCAGACUUCGGAUUGGUGUAGAGCAGCUUCUGGGCGAAGAAUUCGGCACGAGCGUAGUUUUUAAGUUUGACAUUGACGUUCAUCGCGAGGCGAUAGACAAGGUGCUGAUGCUGAGAAUUCAAGCUGCAAUUCGCAAAAUGGUACGUGAGUUCGGAAAUGCGGGAGGGAGGACCGUCCGAGGCGGAAAGCUCCCUGCGAUUUAGCUCAAUUGACAGGCAAAGCAAGUACUGGACGCAGAUCGAGAUCAAUUCUUGAACUUCUUCGAAUUCCCCAGCUGAAUUGACGUAUAGCAGGGGAAUGCGCUGCAAAAUCGUUCGGAAGCGAUCGAGGGCAUCUUGAAACUUGCCGAGAGAAAAAGCGCUGUAGGCGAGCUGGAGCAAGUCGAUCAGUCCGGUAAUCUCGAUGCAAGACACGUAUCCCCUGUAGGGCUGUCCAGGAAUCUCUCGAACUAAAGGAAUGGCCAUAACAGGCGUAGAAGGCAAAAGACGUAAAAAUGCAUGUGAACUCAGCGCAAUGUAAAUGAACUGCAAUUUCAGCGGCUCAAAGUGAACCACGCCAAGUUGCUUGUUUAACAGGUCCAUAGCGACUUUGAACGCCCCGGCUGCGACGUGAUCUACGGGAACUGCGCUCUCAGAAAGCUCCCAUGUCUCUUCAUAGGUUAGACCCUCUUCCGGUAGCUCGACGGCGUCUAGUGCUAGAACAGGCCCUGUCGAAUCAGACAAAACGGGCAAUUCUUGCUUGUCAAAUUGCCAAUCGUCUUCCUCUUUGUCGCCCUGAGACGAUCCAAUUUGUUCGUCUCUUGCGUUCUCUUCCCACAGUCCGUCGUCUUCGAACGCACCCUCAAACUCGAGUUGAUCAUCGGCCGGCAGCAUCGCCGAUGUCUUGGACUUCUUCCUGUCCCCGCUCUUCAACAACUCGUCAAACAGAGUGGGGUCCGGCGUCAGCACGGGCCAGCUCGCGAUUUGGACGGACUUGAUUGGUGAGGGAGGAAUCAAGAGCUUGGAGUCGGGGAAAAGUCCCGCGACGUCCAAACUCGAGGGCGACUCGGCACCCACGUCUCGCUCGACCUUCCUUCUUACCUCAUCUGCCUUCUCACUCAGCCCAUACACACUUGCUGUCAGAUAGGCCAAAGAAACUGGCCAAGAUUGCGCAAAAGUCAGCAAAAAAUAAAAUUUUAAAUUUUAAAAAUGUUUCUCGGCUGAGUGAAACCCAACAUUCCAAUUUCGAGACGGUGAAUGCUGGGGAAAAUCUCAGCCUCUUAGACUUCCGCAAUAAACAAUCAGGUUUGACGUACAUAUGCCGGCCUGCUCCAAUAUCUCGACUCUAGACGCUAUGUCUCCAGUUACAAAACUCAAAUGCAACAUCGCCGCGACAUCUCCCUGUCUCUUCAACGCCCCCGACAAUGCCCGCAACUUCUCCGACUGCCCCAUUGCCAUGUACAAAAGAAACAAAUUCUCGUAGUCGUUGAUCCUCUUGUAUAUCUGCUCCGCCAUCUCGUAGCGUCCUCUCUUGGACGAGGCCAGCGCCAACUGCUGCCAGAAAUCUAUCUGAUCAACUUCGCAUGCAGACUCGUAUGCCUUGUCCAUGUCCCCGCAUGUCAAGGACAGGGUGAAUCUCUCUCUGGGAUCCUGCGCGAAGCACAGGGCCAACUCUGGAUACUUCUUCUGCUGCAGGUAGGUCACGAUGGACUGGCCCGGUAUGCCCGACUUGGCGAUAUAAAACGCCUCCUUGAAGCUCUGCUUUCGAAGCGCGUCCUUGAACAAAAUUUCGGAGUCGUCGACGGUGAUCGUCCUGUUCUGCACGCUCCGAUCGAAACAAUAAAUCUUGUUUCCAACGACAGCUAUAAGAUAUAUCGACUGAUUCAAAGUGCGCACGAUACCGGAAUCGCCGUUGGGAAGCAAAUACAUGAUGUGGUUCGUUACCGUGAAAAAAAAAACCCCCUUGUCGGUCCAGACGCCGCUCUUGACCCUGGCCUUCCCUUCUAUAGCGCAGAGCACCUUCAGGCUCAUCGUGCACAGCAACACUGACUUCUCGCCCAUGAAUGCGACCAUGUCCCCACCUGACUCCUCACUGACGUGUCUCGACGAAAACUUGAUUUUCUCGGGCAUUUGCGCCUCGGCAACCACCUUCUGCGCCCUGAUGUCGAGCAGGUAAAUUCGAUUGCCACACCUCAGGAACAAGUGGUCUUGUGCAGCAGGAAAAAUCGCCUCAAUUGGGCAUUCCAGGUCAAGAGAAGAAAUGGUCGCAAAUACCUUGUCCUCAAUCGUUUUCAACGCGAGCGUGUUCGGCCGCCUCGAGUCCAACACGGCAAAACAGCUGUCGUUCGCCCAGCAAGCCUGGGACCCAGCACUUUUGCUCACCUUGACAUUUCCUUGAUAUAUGUCCUUUAUGAUGUACACCUCGUGACAGUCCUCGACGCCUUCGUAUGUGACCAAAAAUGCUGCUUCCUCCUGAUUGUAUUCGAGCUUCCGCGGCGGUGUGGCACGCCCCUUGAAGGACAAGAUGUCUUUCUUCAAUCCAGACUGCAACUCAAAAGACUGAAGCGCAUCGCCUCUGAUGUAGAAGACCGUAUUGUUGAAGACGCAAAAACAAGGUCUUUCCUUCUCCAACUUAAAAAUGAUAAAGCCAGAAUCGUGACCAGCCGCAAUCAAACCCCUAUUGGGAUGCGCGGCCACCAUCCAAAAGCGAUCGUUCUCACGGCGGUGUAUAUAGAUGAGCGUCCGCUUGAUAAUGUCCCAAAUGCGCAGAGUCUUGUCCUCGGCGCAAGAUAUCAAAACGUCCCUACUCGGAUGAAAGGCGCAGCAAGAAACGUUGUUGUAAUGACCUCUAAACGUGUCGAUUUCCCAAGCUCUUA